AUGGCCGCCGCAGCACAGGCCCUUUCAGAACGGACACGGACGCUGUUUGGCAGCUCGUACGGCGAAGCGACCGACGCCUCGUCCCUCCCCAUCCCCCUCUCCCUCUCCUUCAAAAGAAAGGUCGAAUAUGAAAGCGUGCGCGAACUCCCCCGGGCCCUGGCCGAGAAGCAGGCAAAGGCCGCGGCGGCGCGAGGACCUAAAAGACCCAAGAUGGCAGCAACAACGGGGAACAAUCAGAUGGCGUUGGUGAAGAGCGAGGCGAAAGCGGGAUCACAGGCGUCGGGGUCGUCGUCCUCGUCGUCGCAAAGCAACGGGAUCGGGAGCAGUUUGAUUCGCAGACCGAAUAUGCAGCAGCCUCGACCCGAUUGGCAUGCGCCGUGGAAGUUGAUGAGGGUGAUAUCGGGUCAUCUGGGCUGGGUGCGCGCGCUGGCGGUCGAACCUGAUAACCAGUGGUUCGCGUCGGGCGCGGGAGACAGGACCAUUAAAAUCUGGGACUUGGCCACAGGUCAACUCCGCCUGACGUUGACGGGUCAUAUUUCCACGGUCCGGGGGCUGGCUGUGUCGCCGCGCCAUCCCUACCUUUUCUCCUGCGGCGAGGACAAGAUGGUAAAAUGCUGGGACUUGGAGACCAACAAAGUUAUCCGACACUACCAUGGGCAUUUGUCGGGUGUCUACACACUGUCACUACAUCCGACGCUCGACGUGCUGGUUACGGGAGGAAGAGACGGUGUCGCUCGUGUUUGGGACAUGCGCACGCGCUCCAACAUCCACGUCCUCUCCGGUCACAAGGGCACCGUUACGGAUGUCAAGUGCCAAGAGGCAGACCCUCAAGUCAUCUCGUCGAGUCUGGAUUCCACGGUACGACUAUGGGACCUCGCCGCGGGCAAGACCAUGGGCGUACUCACACAUCACAAGAAAGGCGUCAGGGCGCUAGCCAUCCACCCGAAAGAGUUCACAUUCGCGUCGGCGUCGGCGGGAUCGAUCAAACAGUGGAAGUGCCCCGAGGGCGCGUUCAUGCAGAACUUUGACGGGCACAACGCCAUCAUCAACACCCUUGCCGUGAAUGAGGACAAUGUGCUCUUCAGCGGUGGCGAUAAUGGGAGUAUCUGCUUCUGGGAUUGGAAGACCGGACAUAGGUUUCAAAGCACCGAGUCCCUAGCGCAGCCGGGGUCCUUGGAUGCAGAGGCGGGCAUUAUGAGCAGCACGUUUGACCAGACCGGCCUGCGGCUGAUUAUGGGCGAGGCGGAUAAGACGAUCAAGAUUUGGAGACCGGAUCCCGAAGCCACGCCAGAGACGCAUCCGCUGGAUUGGAAACCGACCUUGGGUCGGGUGAAGUAUUGA